AUGGCAGCAGCAACAGCAGUUGUGGGAGUAAGGUGCCCGCCUCCCAAAUUCACUUCCCACAGAACAAUCAAUGCUUCCUUCUUUUGGGAACCAACCCCCAAACGCAACACCUAUUCCUCAUCACACCACCAACAAUUCACCUUCCCUCUCACCAACAACAACAUCACUAUUUCUUUUGUAUCUUCAAUCUCACAAAUCCCAUCCACUCAAUGGGACGCCUGUGCUCUCGACGCCACCGGCCACCACAAAUACAAUCCAUUCCUCUCCCACGCUUUCCUAUCCACCUUAGAACACUCCCAUUCCGCCGUCCAAGAUAAAGGAUGGACCCCACACCACUUGCUUGCCAAAGAUCAAUCCGAUCAAAUCCUCGCCGUUGUUCCUCUCUAUCUCAAAACUCAUUCCUACGGUGAAUUCGUUUUCGAUCAUUCUUGGGCUAAUGCUUAUUACAACUAUGGUUCCUCUUAUUACCCUAAGUUACAAUCCUGUGUUCCCUUCACUCCAGUCACUGGUCCAAGGAUUUUAAUUCGUGAUACUUCUAUCAAAAAUCAUGUUUUCGAUUUUAUACUCUCUGCAAUCAAGGAUCUCACUGCCAUGUCUCACCUUUCGUCGUUUCAUGUCACUUUCCCCUCUCAAAAUGAGUGGCACAAGUUCACUCAAAAAGGUUUUCUCCCCAGGAUUGGAAUGCAGUAUCACUGGACCAACCUCAACUACAAAAAUUUUGAUGAAUUCUUGAUGGACUUGAAGCAUAAUAAAAGAAAAAAGAUACGUCAAGAGCGCAAGAAGGUUGCAGCUCAGAACUUGGUUAUGAAACGGCUCCGGGGUUAUGAAAUUAAGGCAAAGCAUUGGGAUUCCUUCUACACCUUUUACAGGAACACAACUGAUAACAAAUGGGGUACCCCUUUUCUGACAAGGGAAUUCUUUCACGAGAUGGGGUCGAAAAUGGGAGAUCAGGUACUGCUUAUUGUUGCUGAAGAUGGGGGUGAACUAGUUGGGGGUGCCCUAAACCUUAUCGGAGGAGAUACUUUGUUUGGGCGUCUAUGGGGGUGUCAGCCGGAAACUUACUAUCCAUUUUUGCAUUUUGAAGCAUGCUAUUAUCAGGCAAUUGAUGCAGCGAUUGAACUCAAUCUUAAAACAGUAGAAGCAGGAGCUCAGGGUGAACAUAAGAUUGACCGUGGGUAUCUUCCUGUGACAACAUAUAGCUGCCAUUACCUUAUUGAUCAAGAAUUUAGCAAAGCCAUUGAAGAUUUUUUAGUUCGUGAAACUUCUCAGGUGAAGAUGGUUAUGAAACUCUUGCAUGAUUCUGGUCCUUUCAAGGAAGGUAUCUUUUAG